UUUAACCUUCCAUACAAUGCGGCGGUCGUCAACUCCACACACGACCUAGCGUUAGCCACGACAGCAAGGGCAGCAUCACGGUGUGGGCAACGUUUCCACAGAAAACCCGCAUACUAUCCAUACAGGUGCAGGUGCCAAAAUAUCCAAGGGCAGAGAGGGAUCCACAAUGUUGAACCCGACCAAUGGCGACCCCAGCCAUGUUGUUGUGAAUUAUGUUGAGGAGUAUUUGGACCUGGUGGAGUCUUUGCCUUUUGAUUUGCAGAGGAGUGUGUCUCUCAUGAAGGAAAUUGAUGCCAGGUAUCAAGACGUCCUGAAGGAGCUUGAUGACUGCUAUGAACGAUAUCGCAGAGAAUCUGACACACUUCAGAGGCGAAAGCUUCAGUUGUCCAUUCAGAGAGCGCUGAUUCGCAGUCAAGAGCUCGGAGAUGAGAAGAUCCAGAUUGCUGGUCAAAUGGUGGAGAUGGUAGAGAACCGAACACGACAAAUCGACUGGCAUUCUGAGCUUCUCCUCUCCUCUCAAGAAGUCCCUGAGAGUCACAUUCCCACAGCAACAUCUAUGACAACCACCGCAGCCCCCAUGAUGUCAUCUGCAGCAGCAGCCACUAUCACUCCAGGCAAAACCAGCCACCACGACAAGAAGCGUGAAGAGGUCACCCCAAGCUCAGGCGGCGGAGAAAAGGCCGGAGGCAAACGCUCACGCCGUCAAAAAAAUGGAGAAAAUCGAGAAAGUUACGGUGGUCUGGAGCACGUCGAGGAUGUUGGAGUCGGGGCAUCACGGGAAAAGAGGGCCAAAACGUCCUCAAAGAAGAAGAAACGCUCAAAAGGGAAGUCUGAGAGAGAAGUGUCUCCUCCAGACCUGCCCAUCGACCCAGAUGAGCCGACAUACUGCCUGUGUGAGCAGGUGUCGUAUGGAGAGAUGAUCGGCUGCGAUAACGACGAAUGUCCCAUUGAGUGGUUUCAUUUCUCUUGUGUCGGGCUCCAUCAUAAGCCUAAGGGGAAAUGGUACUGCCCUAAGUGUAGGGGAGAGAAUGAGAAGACUAUGGACAAGGCUUUAGAGAGAGCCAAGAAGGAGCGAGCAUACAACAGGUAGCUCCGUCUGUUUUCAUGAACACUAUUGCCUAAAUAUUCAUUUUGUCCUGGCGAUGUUUUAUUCACUGUCCGUGUGUCUAAACGCAAACUGAAUUGAUGAGAGGGAUCUUGUAAAUAGUUAUUUUUGUAACUGCUGCAUAUCUGAGAAACAAGAUUGCUCCUUCCUGGUGUGGAUUAUUUGUAACAAAUGAACACCGAAAAAUACAACCUGCAUGUAACCAGCUGCCCUGCCCUUACAUCCCCUUUGUUUUACAUCAUGCAUGCAACAACAACCAACUCUAACUGUGCUCGAUUAGCAAAUAAACAUUUCUUAACAAA